CAGGUAGCAGGGUAGGAGGCUGUGGUUUAAUAGUGCUUGCCGGGAGCCUCCAGUAGGUCACUUGUGCUUAGAAGCUGCAGGGCUUACUCCCCUAGGUUGCCAGCCUUUUCCUCUUCAACACUAUUGUGCUCCCCCAUUCUUCCUCUUCCUACUCCUCUUCCUUUUCCUCCUUCUGGCUUCUAGCUUUUCUUCCUCUUGAGAUCUGCAUGGCAGUCUUUUCCAGUGAAGGCAGCCUGCCCUGGGGGAGCCAGUCAGUCACCCAGAGUGAGAACUAAGUCAGCUGGUUAAGCAGGGGAGGGCUGGAGAGCCCCUAAACUGAAUCCCAUCAUCUCAUCUUCUCCUAGUCUGCUGAGGUUGUGCCAAAAGGUCUGUGUCUGCUUCUGCAUGUGUGGGAGGGGGUCUCUGAAUGAAUGGAAAGCUUGGCUCAACUCAUCAUGUUUCCAACUCUGGUGCUAACAAGAAGCAUUGCCUGGGGCAGGUCUCAUCUCUGGCUCCUCACCUGUUAAAUGCUUAAGUUCCUUCUAACUUCUGUGUUUCAUGCCUCUGAGUAUGUGUGAGUCAUUUCAUUCAUUUCAAAAACUAUUUCCUGUAUGGCUACUUUGAGCCAGGCACUAUUUUGGGAGCAGGGGAGACAGCAGUGAAUGAAAUAGAUGGCAAUCUCUGCCCUUGUGAUGCUUACCUUUCAGUGGCGGGAAAACAGGCAGUGCGCUGAUUAAAGUGUCAGUGGUGCUCAGUGUUAUGGAGAAAAAUCAAGCAGAGGAGGAAGGUGGGCAUGCUGGUGGGGGAAGGUGGCGCAAUGUUACCAUGCGGUCGUGGUCGGGGAAGGCCUUGUGGAGAAGUUGGCCAUUGAGCAAAGAGCUGAAGUGGGUGAGAGAAGGAGGCACCAGGACAUCUGGGUGAAGAACAAUCAGAAAGUUCCAGAGGCUGAAGUGACCAGGCCAAAAGUAGUACAGAUGCAGCUAGAGAACUUUGUGGUCAGAGCUGGUCAGAUGGCAAGGGGAAGAGUCUUUGUCUUUAUGCAGGUUUAUCCACAGAUCUGUCUCAGAAAGCCAGCAGCCUCCUUUUCUCCUAGACUUCCCUAUCUGGUCUCUGCGUGAGUGGCUAUCUGUGUAGAAGCUGGGGAGUUGUCGAACUCGUUAUGCCUGUGGUUCACAUUUCUGCUGGUUGGGGCUUUUGUUCAUGACUUUCAUGACAGUUAACCUGAUUUCUACUCAUGUGCAUUCAGCAGCCUUUUCUGGAACCUUAUCCCUCUUCCAUCUGCUGCAUUCUCCCCCUCUCCCAUUCCUUUCCCUCUACCCUCUCCACCGAUAUAUCUCUUUCCUUUUGGUAUCCUUUUUCCUUUUGCUUCUUAACUCUGAGAUAAAUUAACUCCAAGAUGGUCAUUUGGCAUCUUUCCCUGCUGGGUAAUAGAUUUGAUUACUCUCUGGCCCGUUAUCCAGUGAUGCAUCCAGGAUGGCUGUAAGAGUGCUGGGUGGGUCCAUGUAUGACUUUCUGAAACAGUGUCAUGAUGCCAGCACCUACCUAGUGUUAAGCCACAGGGGCCAUCAGUGACAUGAGCUUCACUUUGGGAGCAGGGCCAUCUCCCAGGUGACACUGUGCAUGAGCAGUGAAGCUGGAAGGGGGGAUUCUGUUGCUCUUAGGAGUUUCUCCAUGGCUUUAGUCAUUCACUUAACAAACUGGAAGAAUGCCUGGCAUAUGCCACCACUAGAAAGGGCACUGAGGAUGCCUGAGGUUCACUAGGUGGGAACACUAGGGGAAGCCUAUUUUCCAACAGAUCAGCAGCCUCUUACCUCAAUUCCAAAACGCGCAAUCUCUCAAAAUUGGAAAAUGUGUUUGGUAACUCGUUUGGCAGCAAGAGCUUGUUUGGCCUUACCUGAUCUGAACUCAUUAGGCAGCAAGAACCUGGCCUGAGAUGACAGGAGGCUAUUGAUUAUGCUUGCCCUGAAAUAUGAGAUCUACAAACCCAAAGCUGUACAGGCUGAGGUCAAACCCUCUGUGAGGUUUAACCUCCGCACCUCCAAAGACCCAGAGCAUGAAGGAUGCUACCUCUCCCUUGGGCACAGCCAGCCCUUAGAAGACUGUGGUUUCAACAUGACAGCUAAAACCUUUUUCAUCAUUCAUGGAUGGACGAUGAGUGGUAUCUUUGAAAACUGGCUGCACAAACUCGUGUCAGCCCUGCACACAAGAGAGAGGGACGCCAAUGUAGUUGUGGUUAACUGGCUCCCCCUGGCCCACCAGCUUUACACGGAUGCGGUCAAUAACACCAGGGCGGUGGGACGCAGCAUUGCCAGGAUGCUCGACUGGCUGCAGGAGAAGGAUGAAUUUUCUCUCGGUAAUGUCCACCUGAUCGGCUACAGCCUUGGAGCACAUGUGGCCGGGUAUGCUGGCAACUUCGUGAAAGGAACGGUGGGCCGGAUCACAGGUUUGGACCCUGCUGGGCCUAUGUUUGAGGGGGCAGAUAUCCACAAGAGGCUCUCUCCUGACGAUGCGGAUUUUGUGGAUGUCCUCCACACCUACACACGUUCCUUCGGCUUGAGCAUUGGUAUUCAGAUGCCUGUGGGCCACAUUGACAUCUACCCCAACGGGGGUGACUUCCAGCCUGGCUGUGGACUCAACGAUGUCCUGGGAACAAUUGGAUAUGGAACAAUCACGGAGGUGGUAAAAUGUGAGCAUGAACGGGCCGUCCACCUCUUUGUUGACUCCCUGGUGAAUCAGGACAAGCCAAGCUUUGCCUUCCAGUGCACUGACUCCAACCGCUUCAAAAAGGGGAUCUGCCUGAGCUGCCGCAAGAACCGUUGUAAUAGCAUUGGCUACAAUGCCAAGAAAAUGAGGAACAAGAGGAAUAGCAAAAUGUACCUAAAGACCCGGGCGGGCAUGCCUUUCAGAGUUUACCAUUAUCAGAUGAAAAUCCAUGUCUUCAGUUACAAGAACAUGAGAGACAUUGAGCCCACCUUUUAUGUCACCCUUUAUGGCACUAAUGCAGAUUCCCAGACUCUGCCACUGGAAAUAGUGGAGCAGAUCGAGCAGAAUGCCACCAACACCUUCCUGGUCUACACUGAGGAGGACUUGGGAGACCUCCUGAAGAUCCAGCUCACCUGGGAGGGGACCUCUCAGUCUUGGUACAGCCUGUGGAAGGAGCUUCGCAGCUACCUGUCUCAACCCCGCAACCCCAGGCAGGAGCUGCAUAUCAGGCGCAUCCGGGUGAAGUCUGGGGAAACCCAGAGGAAACUGACAUUUUGCGCAGAGGACCCUGAGAACACCAGCAUAUCCCCAGGCCGGGAGCUCUGGUUUCACAAGUGUCGGGAUGGCUGGAGGAUGAAAAAUGAAACCAGUCCCACUGUGAAGCUUCCCUGAGGGUGCCCGGGCAAGUCUUGCCAGCAAGGCUGCAAGACUUCCUGCUAUCCAAGCACAUGGAGGAAAGUUACUGCUGAGGAUCCUCCCGAUGGAAGGAUUCUUCUCGGCCUUGACCCUGGAGUACUGGGAACAAGUGGUCUCCUGUGAUUGCUGGGACUCCUCGCGGGAGGGGAUUGUGCGCUGCUAUAGCUCCUGCUGCCUCUCUUGAAUAGCUCUAACUCCAAGCCUCUGUCCAUACCUCCAGAGCACCAAGUACAGAUUUGUGUGUAAGCAGCUGGGUGCCCCGGGGCCUAUCAUGCACACUGGACUGGUUUCUCAGUUGCUGGGUGAGCCUGUACGCUGCCUGACAAGGAAUGCUGGCUCCAAAGAGGGUCUGCGUGGAAGGCUGUCAGCUGCUUAGCCUGCCUUGAGCCUUAGUGAGAAGUCCUUCUGAUGGCAGCUGACUUAUAUCAUGGGAGCAGGCCUGAUAUCUUGUUCAGGCUCUGACUGUUGAGUUCUCAUGGACUACACUGACCAUACUGGUUAUAUCUUAGCCAUUCUGUCCUGCUCCCCAGCUCACUCUCUGAAGCACACAUCAUUGGCUUUCUUAUUUUUCUGUUGUCCAUUUUUUAAUUGAGCAAAUGUGUACUGAACACUUAAAAUUAGUUAGAAUGUGGUAGUGGGCAUAUUACUGAGCCUCUCCAUUCAGAACCCAGUGGAGUUGUGAUUUCUCAACCCCCUUUCUGUUUGGAUGGUAUAUGUGUAUAUGCAUGGGACAAGGCACUUGGGGCCUGGUGGAGGCUGUAGGAUGUAAGCAUCAGGGAUCCUGAGGUGUUAAGUGGUUUCUAUUUCUUCUUAGUUAAUAUGUGCCACCUCCCCUAUGAGUGACAUGUUUGAUCACUAGCAGAACAGCAAGCAGAAUAUCAUACAUGCUGGGGCCAGGAUGAUGGCCAGUUGCCAGACACAACUGCUUUGGAGCAAAUCUCUUCUGUUUAGGGAGAUAGAAGGUAUGACAUAUGUAAUACGUAUCUGUGUACACAGAAUCCAGCACCUGCCAGACAGAGCUGGUUCUAAGAGUUCUUGCAGUGCACCAGUGCCUUUUCUUGUUGAACUUCUUGGAAAAGCCACCAAUUCUAGAUCUUGGUUUGAAUUAAUGCAUGCAAUAUCUGAGACACCUAUACUUUUCAAAAGAUUUGUGUGUGUACAUUACCUAAUUAGAGUAGGGAGAAAAGGGCAGCUAUUUUUAUCCCUAUUUUACAAAACUGAGGCUUAGUGAGGUUCAGCCACAUGCCUAGACUUAUAUACCUAGUUAGCGGUGCAGCCAGGCAGAGGACCCAGAUUUCCCGGAGGCAAAGUCCAUCUCUGAAACUCCAUGAAGACGUUUGCAACCAAUUCCCACCAAUACACCCUAGGUGUGAGACAAACAAGGACUUUUUUUUUUUUUUUUUUGUAGAACCAUCAAUAAAAUCCUAAGCCCUUUUAUUAAUGUAUAACAAGGAGAAUAUCUGUACCAAGAGAUUGGACUUUUUAUGGCUGAGAUUUGGGAGGAAGUGUGGGGGAGGAAGAAUGAUUUUCUUCGUACUUAGGUUUUCUAAGGACAUUGUUUUAAUCUGUGUCAUGCCAAAGUUGUAUCACUGUUAAACUUCUGAAGACAUAACCAGUUAAGUGUUCAUUCAAGGUAUGUUCUCAAGCCAAUUGUGUGCUUCUCUUGUUUCUGUGAUUGCUUUCUAGCCGAAGUGAAGCUUGUAUAGGUUGAGUAUCCCUUAUCCAAAAUGCUUGGAAUCAGAAGUGUUUCAAAUUUCAGGUUAUUUUCAGAUAUUGGAAUAUAUGCAUAUACAUAAUGAGGUAUUUUGGGAAUAGGACCCAACUCUAAACACAAAAUUUAUUUAUGUGUCAUUUACACUGUAUCCACAUAGCCUGAGGGUAAUUUUAUACAAUAUUUUAAAUCAUGUGCAUGAAGCUCGGUUUAUGUUAAGUCCUUAUGUGUGGGGUUUUCUACUUGUGGUGUCUUGUUGGUGCUCAAAAAGUUUUGGAUUUUGGAUUUUUGGAUUAGGGAUGUUCAACCUGUAUUGGUGGCUGUACAUCCUGGUCACUUCUGACUUCUGUUUUUACUAAAGGAAGGUUUGGGAAUUGAAAUCUCAGCAGGUUGUAUAUUUAUACACCUGGCUUGAAGCCUUAAUUGUAUAUAAUGAUGCUUUUUUAAAAAUGCUACUUAGAGGACUAUUUAUUUCUCAAGUGUAUAUAAUGUAUAAAAACAAAUAUAUCGUUAGUUUUACCUAAGGUUGACCAAUUUCAAGAUUAAAUUUUUUAAGUAGUAAAAGAAUAAAAAUUAUAAAGUUCUUAA